AUGGUCGUUCGGACUCUAAAUGUUAAACGAGAUCCCUUUUGUCCAAAAGAGGAUGAGGAAGAUAUUUUGGAACUUGAAGUUUCGUACCUAAGUGCAAUUGGGGCUUUAUUGUACUUGGCUCAAUGCACUGGACCCGACAUCUUAUUUACUGUUAAUCUUUUGGCUGGAUACAGCAAUGCGCCCACACACAGACACUGGAAUGGUGUUAAAGACAUUUUCUGCUACCUUAAAUGUACAACAGAUUUGGGAUUGUUCUAUACCUGUGAAUCUUCGAGUGUUACUGCCCUUUAUGGUACUCAAAAUGAUUCCCACCUUAUUGGUUACGCAAAUGCUGGAUAUCUGUCUGACUCAUAUAGGGCACGUUCUCAAAUGGGAAGAUAUGUGCAGCUUGAGAGGAAGCUUCCCCCGCAGCGUUUGAAGGCCUCUGUGCUGAGGCUCAGUGAUAGCAGUGAUCAUCAGAGACUGAUCAGGCCCUAUUACCUAUCUGCUGCUACUCUAAACCUUCUCAGGGUGUUCAUCACCGGAAGUUACGCAGCUAUGCAGAGGGUCUUGUAG